GUGCCGGAAGUGCGUCAUCGCCGCCCGCCCGGCCAAGCGGGAAUUUUAAAUUCAGGGCAGUUGCCGUCCGCUGUCCUCGCCUCUCUCUCUCUCUCUCUCUCUCUGUCCCGGUCAUGGCGGAGAAGGCCCCGUUCCCUGGCUGGGCCAGCGACGAGGAAGACGAGGCCUUCGAGCUGUGUGAGUGGCCGGAGGGAGAGAGGCGCCUUCCUCCCUUAUCCCUCCCUCCCCCUCCUUCCCCGGUGAGCGCCGCUCUCUCCCUCUCUCUCUCUCUCUCCCUCAGUCCUGACCCGGAUCAAGAACCCGAGGGCGCCCCGCAGCGGAAGCAAGACCCCCAGCAGCGCCCGGAGGACCAAGGCCUCUCUCUGCAGCAGGCACCCCGGGAAUGCCCUGGAAGAAGAGGGCCCCUCGCUCCGUGUCGCUCCCGCCUCCGCUCACCUUCAGCGACAGCGAUGACGACCAGGUCUUUGUCGACUUCACGCCGAGGAACCCCCGCCAGCCCCAGCGGUCGGGCCUCCAGCAGGGCGGUUGGAGGAAAGGCCCGUCUGCCUCCUCGUUGGAGGAUCGUGUCCCUCACAGGCAGAGUCCCGACUCUUCCUCGAAUGAGGAGGAGGAGGAGGACAAAGGGGGCUCCGGGAGAGGGAACGCAAGCGGGGCACCGGGCGCAGCAGCCCACAGCUGGCGGACGGCGAUGAGCGCCAGGUCGGGAUCCGGGAGCUCCGACGAAGAGAUCGGCAGCCUGGCCACACGCAUCAAGCAAAGGAUGCUCCUCUCUUCCGAAAAGAGUGGCCUCCGCACCCCGGGCACCUCUGGAGAGAGGCCUUCCCCCGCACACCCCUGCCCAUCCGUGAAGAGGGAGCAGCCCCGGCCUCUUGGGCCCUGCCCAUCGACGCCGCCGGCCGGGCCCCCCCAGGGCAGGGUGCUUGCCAACGUCACCCAGCGGCACAGGACGCCACCCGCCAGGGGGGGCUCCUGCCGGGUGCAAGGCUGCUUCUUGCAGGAGCUGUCUGACCCAGAGACCCAGCACUGCAAGCGCUUCCGGAGUCUGAAGGAGGAGCUGGCGCGAAGCCUCUAUGCCUUCUACAACACCUCCGUCUUUGAGCAAAAGUUGCCAGAGAGUAUGGAGAUCCUCUGGAACAAGAAGAUGCGGAAAACGGCUGGGUGCUGCGUGACGGGCCGGCGGAAGGGCCCCCCGGAGCAGCGCUAUGCGCGGAUCAUGCUCUCCGAGAAAGUCUGUGACUCUGCAGACCGCCUGAGGGACACGUUGAUCCACGAACUCUGCCACGCAGCCACGUGGCUCCUCCACGGCGUUCGGGACGGGCACGGCCGGUUCUGGAGCCUGUAUGCCAAGAAGGCGGUCACGGUCCACCCGGAGCUCCCUGUGGUGGAGCGGUGCCACAACUACGAGAUCAACUACAAGUUCACUUACGAAUGCUCUCGAUGUGGGAACACGAUCGGGCGCCAUUCCAAGUCCUUGGACACGCAGCGCUUUGUCUGCGCCCUGUGCCGGGGCCCGCUCGCGCUGUGCCAGCCCACGAGGAAAGACGGCACGCCGGCCGCAAGGGCGCUGACUCCGUUUGCAAAGUUCGUGAAGGAGAACUACGGCUCGGCAAAGCGCUCACAGCAGGGACUCAGCCACGCGGACGUCAUGAAGAAGCUCAGUGCGGACUUUGCCUCCUCCCGGGAGCGUGCGCUCAGCUUUUGAUGGAGGGAAGGACAGACGGACGGAAGGGGCCAAGCCGUGGCCGUUGGAGCCCCUCUCCCUCCCCGGCCCAGACCGGACACCCCAGCACCCCCUCCUUGUUUUUUAAAAUGGCUCAGAGCACUAGAUAACGUGCGAAUAAAGUAGAGUAAAGCCAA